UGGUACAUUCCUCUUAGAGCCCAGCCAGGCGCUGCUGUCAGGCCGUGAACAGAUUCAGACGCACCGGCCCCGGCGAGCUGCCAUCGACAACGGGGAGAGCUCGGGGCCAUGGUGGAACGGGCCGGCGGCGGGGCAGUCAGGGGUCUCCUUGUUCGCAGCCCGGGCUGGGGCGUAGCGGGGGCUGUGCAGGCAGCUCUUUCCCGCCUUGUUUUACCCUGUUCCCGCGGAGGGCUCCGGGAUUUGGGGGAGGGAGACGGCAGGAUCGCCAAGUGGGCCCCUCACACUUGUGGCAUCGAAAGACGAUCCGGCACACGCGUUGUUGUCUCCUUGUAUUGAACAGCCCCGCGCGUGCUGCCUGAGCCAGGAGGAAUUAGAAGGAAUUCGAGCUUUUCCCAAGAAAUAAAAAUGUCUCCAGAUUCAGUCGCUUUCGCUUCCUCCUCCUCCUCCUCCUCCGCCAAGAGCCUCUUCUCCAGUGCUUUUAAAAUUCACAAUGUCUGCCGCCUUCUAAGCAGGAGGUCUCACGGAUUUUAUACAAAAGAUGCGGGUGUCGCCCACAGAAAAAACAUGGGAAUCCUAAGAAUGCUAGUGUGUCAGGAAAGUACUAAAUUCAAGAAUGUUUGGACAACUCAUUCCACAUCUCCUAUUGCUUAUGAGCGCGGAAGAAUUUAUUUUGACAAUUAUCGGUGUUGUGUGAGCAGCAUUGCACGAGAGCCAAGAAUACUUUAUCAACUGCCAACAUGUUCUAAAUCAGAAAAAAUAGAGGAUGCAUUAUUAUUGGAAUGCCCAUUGGGGGAAACACUUCCCAAUCCAUCAGACUAUAAAUCUUCCCUUGCAGUUUUGACUGCUCACAACUGGCUCCUUCGUCUCUCUGCUAAUUCUGGAGAAAUACUGGAAAAAAUAUACCUCCCACCCUACUGCAAAUUCAGGUAUCUGAGCUGGGACACUCCUCAAGAGAUUAUGGUUGUCAAGUCAGCUCAGCAUAAACUUCCAGCAGCAGCACAGCAGGCAGGCAUCCAACAGUCUGUGCUAUUCUUUCUUGCUGUAUUCAGAGUGCUACCUCUGAAAUUUAUUGGAAUGCUGGAGAUAAACAAAAAAAUAUUUGGGAACAAUGUGACAGAUGUUGCUGUUUCUCAUGGAAUGCUGAUUGUGAUGUAUAGCGUGGGUCUGGUCAGGCUCUAUAGUUUCCAGUCCAUCUCUGAGCAGUUCACAGAGCAGCAAUUUGAUUUGGGAUGCAAGUGCAACUGGAAUGGUAAAGUUGGAAUUGUAGGAAAGUAUCCAUUUGGCCUUCCUUGUAACAUUAAAAUAACAGAUACCCCACCUUUGCUAUUUGAAGUGUCUUCUCUGGAGAACUCAUUUCAGAUUGGAGGAUACCCUUGGCAUUACAUCAUCACACCUAACAAGAAAAAGCUUAAAGGAGUCUUCCAUAUUUGUGCUCUGAAAGACAAUGCUUUGGCAAAAAAUGGCGUACAGGAUAUGAUGUGCUGUUCAUUAGAACCCGACUGGAUAUAUUUCCAUCCAGAUACUUCAGGCAGAAUAAUCCAUGUGGGACCAAAUUUGAUAAAAGUCUUGAAGCUGAAAGAAAUUGAAAAUAAUAAAUACCAGCAGGAAAUUGCAGAAGAUUUUGUCAUCAUGGCCAACAGGCAGAACAAUACUUUCAAAAUUGUGGACUAUGAAGAUGAGCUGGAUUUGUUAUCUGUUGUGGCAGUUACUCAGAUAGGAGCUGAUGGGAAAGCUCACCUUGACUUUCACUGUAAUGAACAUGGAAUUCUACUUAAGAGUAUUCCUUUAGUGGAGUCUUGGGAUGUGACUUACAAUCACGAAGUUUACUUUGACAGAGACAUUGUGUUACAUAUAGAACAAAAGCCUAACAGGAUCUUCAUCUGUUAUCUUUAUCAAAUGUUCUGUGAUAGUGCACAGGAAGAUGAACAUUCAAGCCUUGAAAAAGCGGAGAAAGGUUUUUGUGAAAAAGGGGAGAGAAUUUUUGAAUGUUUUUAAGAGAGAAAGACCUUCUGCAUAGGCUUCACUGUACACAAUAUCCACAGACUUUGUCUCUUUGGACUAGUCAAAUAUUAUGUUUCAACCACUGUGUGUUAAAAUGUAUAUUUUGAGCUUAAAUAUUUGUAUUACUGUCAGGGGUUUUUAAUUUCUCUUUUGCAUAUAAAGAUAGUCGUAUAUAUUUUCAUAAACCACAAUUUAACUUCAUUUAUUUACCUUUUACUUUUGCUAUUGAUUAUGGCUACUGAUUAUGAUAUUGUAACAAAAAUAAUGAUCAUAUUUAUUGCCCUUGUCCACCAACCAGUCUGAUUUAAAUACUGUGUAUCAGGCACAAGGACUUGAACUUACUGACAUCCAUACUGUACCAUAUUCUCUUUUACUUAAGCUUAGAUCUUCUCUUGCAACUUUCUUUUAAUUAGUCUAUAUUGUAGUAAAUAAAGAUUUUAGGAUAAAAUUAUAUAUAGAAUCAAAAUGGCAGAGUUGUCAUCAAGUUAUUUAGACAUGAGGGAACCAUGACCUGCUGUGAAUCCUACUUGACAGUGUAAAAACACUCAGGGUUUUUUUUAAAUGACGUGUCUAGUAAUUAACCUAACCUACUUAUCCUUCCUUCCCUCUUUGUGAAACCCACUAAUUUGAUGGUCUCUUCCUAUGUCACAGUCCAGAAAUUUUUAAAUCUGAGGCAGAGGUGUCAAACACCAAGCCUCUUUGAUACAUUCUGCAGAAUCUCAAUAUGCCAUAUGGGAUACAGAAAUACAAGCAUUCAUUUCUAAAAAACAGCAAGUGUCUCGGCCUCAUGACUGCAAGAAAAGCUUUCCAAAUAUGAGCCACAAACACCCUAAAAUAGUGGCUCUGGGAGAAGUGAACUCCCCUCCCCUAAUUCAUCUCUCAGGAGUGUUAAUUCUCAAUCCUUAUAAUUAUACUUCAGAUGUAAGCAUUAUCUAUUUGAUUGAUGAUCAUUUUAGCAAAUGGAAUGAGGAAGGGUUUGAGCAUAAAGCCAGUGGCAGUGUAUACUGUGAGUUUCUACCAGGAAUGAAAUGCAGAUGGUGGAAAAAAAAGGAGAGAGACAAAGAGGGAGGAAUAAAAGAGAGAGGAGAAUGGGGAAGGAUGGGAAACAGAGAAAUAGUGGUAAAAAAACUGAGCAUAUAUUUCCCUCUGAUACUAAAUGUUACAAUAAGACACAACUAAUAAUAACUAAGGUUAAGAUUUUGUCACACUUAUUUUCAGUAAAAGCCACAGACAGGUCACGGGCAAUAAACAAAAUUUUUUGGAAGCCUAUGACCUGUCUGCGACUUACUAAAAAUAAUGGGGGGGAAGGAGGGAGGGAUUGACAGCUCCAGUCCCACCUGCCCCUAAUGGCAGACAGCUCCAGGGCCCCUGCCACCACUGGCAGCUGAUAGUUCAGGAGUCCCCAGCAGUUCUGGCCCUGCUACAAUGGGACUGAAGCUAAAGCGGAAAAUGUCACAGGGGUCUCUGAAAGUGAUGGAAGCCAAGAGCUCCCGAUGACAAAAUCUUAUCCUUAAUAAUGACUAAACAUAAGGGCCUUAUUUAACAUAAGGGCUUGAAGUGGUUUCCAUUAUAUUCAGGGUUUACAGUUUCCUUUAAUGGCUCUCAGCACCCCUGACCAUAAUUUUAUCCUUGAUCUUUCUAUAAGCCUCCCCCUGCCACCAGUAGGAGAUCCACUGUGGAGAGUAUAUAGUCCUGAAUGUAUUCCCUGCACCAUACAUCAUAAUUAACAAUGUAAUUCUGCCUUAUUACAUGGCAUUAGUUUGAUACCCUUAAUCUAAAAUUGGUUUAAAAGUACUACUUUAUUAUAAUCACUUAGUUUGGGGUCAAAUUACCAGUCAUCAACUGCGCUCUCACCACCAAGUUGUGAUGUGGAAACAUUCUGAGCACUAAUAAGGACAAAACACUUGCCCUACUGUUUCAGGCCUUUAAGCCAGCCAGUCCAGUGUCCUGCCUAGUCAGUGGACAGUAUCUGGUGCUAUAUAGGACAGAUGGGAUAGAUAGGGUGAAGCAUAAAGUGCUUAUCUAGAGCCAAGUCCUUAACCAGGCAGCCUUUUGUGCUCUAAUUAUAUAACUGAACAAAAGCCAGAUACUUUCAAAAAUUAUCUCUAACUCAGUACCCAUUUUUCCCUUUACUAAGAUUCUGCCUUCUCAGUCACAAUGAAGACAAUCCCAAACAACCUUUUUAUUCAAAAAAGUCUCAUAGCCCUGUUUUUAUAUCAGGAAAAUAAAUUGUUACAAAGUCACUGGAAAACAGAAUUGGCAUCAACACUUAAAAUGGAUAAAAUUACUCUCAAGCAGAGAGGCAACUGGGCCUUUCCAAUCCCAAGAAGUGCUUCUAUAUAUUAUUGGUUCCAAACAACUCAACCCAAUAAUUCUUCAUCUGAUAGCCUUCACACUUCCUUUCACCUCUCACUUUUUUCUAAUCAUCUUCCCUUAGAAUGCCUGGCCUAUCCACUUCUCUACAAACCCCACAUACUUCAAGCUCCUCCAUUCUUUUCUUGUCCUCCCACCUCUUCUUUCUGUUAACCAAUUUCAUGUCUAGAACUUGUAUACUUUUGGGGGAAAUGUCACACACUCGGUUUUAAUAAUACUCUUUAUUCCCAUUUCUACAUCAUUAUUUUGGAUGCACACAAUAUAUUUGUAUUGAUACUAUCUAAUAUUGGAAUCCAUAUGUCACCUUUUUAAUUCAAUUUUAAAGAGUCAUUUGUUAGGGACAUUAAUGUAUAUUAAAACAGAAGAUUUAAGCAAUAUGAAUCUGAACCCAACAAAUAUUUAAAAAUUCAAAAUACAACUGCACCCUGCAGUACCUAGGCUGUUUUGGUAGAUAUUUUUACUUUAUUAUCCAAUAUAAAACUGGUCCAGAAAGACAGUGCUUAUGUUACAUGUAGAAUAAGUUCAGGAUCUUUUGAAUGUGAAAGUAGUUGAGACCACCUACAGAUCCAGGAUAAGGACUGUGGCUGACAAAUCCACUACUCGGACACAGUGGAACCGCCAACCACAAGGACAAAGCUCCUCUGCAGGAGACAGGUCUUUCCUCAGGGUCUGAUCCAUGCUGUGGAACGAAUUCCCACAGGAAGUAAGGACCACCAUAAACCUCAGCACCUUACGCUCCAUGUGCAAGGCACACUUCAACUUGUCUUCUCUAAUAUAAACAGCAUCUUGUAGAAAUUUUAAACAAAAUCUACCAAAACAAAAACACUACACUGCACACACAAGUCUUUCCUGAGGAGAGGAUAAAAGGAUGAACUACAUGUGACAGAUGUUUGUUACAUCAUUUAAUGCACUACUUGAAGGUGCUCAGAUACUACAGUGAUGAAUGCAGUAUAAGAACCUUUAUAAAAUAGAAUUUUAAUCAAUAAUAACUGGGCUCUAUUCUGAAAUUGUAGUGGUAUCAAUAUAGACAGAGCAAUCCUGCAAGAUGCUAAACUAUCUAAAUGGAAGCCAAUGGGAAGUAAUAAGAGUCAUUAGUGAGACCUGGAAAAAUGUCACGUGGACUGAAGGAAAGAAAAACUAAAAAGAUAUUUUAUAGGCAGUAGACCAAUCUCCAAAUACCCAGAAGACUUGCAUCUCUGCUCACGGCAGUUAAGAGUUACACAAAGAGGAUUUAAAAACCCCCAAAUACAAGUCUCUUUCCCUCUUAUUGGUUUUAGAGUUGAUUAGCAAUAGACUAUUUGAUCAUCAGAAGGGCACACUACACAUUGCAUUACUGCCCCAUGCAAACCUGAACAACUAGAUUUGGCAGGAAGCAAUAAAGGCAGAGAUGCACAGGAACUUCCUCAAAGUGCCAAUUGGGCAGAGCUGGUAUUGAAUCUGGCUCCCUGGCAAUCUUAUGGCAGAUCUGCAGAAUUGCUCCUGUUAUCUAAAAAAACCCCACUCAACCUUUUCUUGACACUUUUUGUUUUCCAAAUUGGUGUUCUGUAAUCAUUAUAUGUGUGGUCAAAGCACUUCUUCCCUGAAUGAAAAUUUCCAUUUCCAAUUUUAAAGUCUUCAUUAGCCUAUAUUAUACAUUGUACCAUGGACUCAGCUGUUGAUCUGAAGAUCUGUUGAUGUGUGCAUGGAUUUGUGACACUUUCCAACAACUAAUUUUUUUAAGGCCAUUGCAGGCUUGUAAUAUCCUACUAAAUCAGUUGUCUUGUUACACAGAUGAAAUCUUCUGAAAUGUGGGAAGAAACUCAGUUUUCUUAAUUGUCAGAUGUGUGUGAUGAAAAUGAUGCAUCACUGGACUCAUUCUGUGAAAGGCUUCAUUUUAAGUUAGGAUCCAUGGACCAAUGCUAUAAAAUUAGGGCCAUACACCACUCUCAGUCCACUGCAAGUUUCACCAGUUAGGCUCUGUUCACAUAGUAUAGCUCUUCUGCAAGUGAAGAGAGAAUUAUCAUUCACUAUCAGAUCAAAAAGAGGACCUCAAAUACAUUUCACUCCCAUCUUCAAUUAGCACUAAAGACGGUCAUUAUUCAAAUUUCCACUCUUCCCAAAUAGCCCCCAUCCGUCUCAGAAUCUCAGACUUGCUUUGCAUGAGUACUAUGUGUACAGGACAGGAACUAUUGUCCAUUAACAACAAGUAAGCAGAACAUUUGCACUUCUAUUUAUCAAUUUGGAUCAAUUUAUACUUCCAAAAAUGUUAUUGUGAUCUAACAGCAUCCAAAUGCCAAAAGGCUCACUGGUAUCUGGUAGUGAGUUUCAGCUGGCCUGAUCAGUUGAAUGUAUGCCAAUUCACUGAUGUGAUAACCUGUAUGUAAAAGGUGGCAUAUAAGAUACCAAUAGAGCGCUAAUAACAUACUGAUCAUAAAUAUCAUUGUGUGGUGUACAGAGGACAAAUUCAAAAUUUCAAACAUAUUGAAAGUUAUGUUAUUAAAGUCUGUCUGCCGACAGACAAGGGAAGGUGGUUUUGUGACCUUGAAGAUAUUUCCAGAGAAAAUGGGCCUGCAGUUUACAUAGAAGAUAAAACAGGACCAUCAAGACAGCAGGGGAGGAGGCUGCAGGAAAUAUCAAUUUGCAAUUUAGCAAACACCAGUGGGUAAGAAACCAGCAAGGAACUUUCACCACCAGACUCAAUGUUGCCUUCCUGACAGCUUGAAUGAAGUUUACGUUAGGGGGGUAAGCUUCAGAAGAAUCUAUUUCAAAGGUUCACUCGACCAUAAAGGAAAGGGACAAAGAACCCCAAGUUUUAUUUCAUCUAAGAAGACAAAGAAACUGAGCACUUAGGACUUCGUAGGAGACACUGACCAGAGGGGUUAGUCAGCCAUCUUGCUGGAAGGUAGUAAGAUGAGAAUCUUCCCUUGAACCAAGACUGUAGUUUUGUUACUUUUUAAAGACUGACUUGUUUUUCCACUUUUAUUUGCUUGUAUCUGUUUCCAACUCUAUCCUUUAUACUUGAACUCACUUAAAAUCCAUCUCUUUGUUAAUAAACUUGUUUUACUUUUAAUAAACCAA